AUGGCGCGGCGGCAGCACUUCUCGAUGCUGCUCGUCGGCGUCAUGCUGUUCCUGGGUUUAACAUACCUCAUGUCCGCCAGCAGCUCGAGCGACCAGAGUCCCUUUGCCAUGUCCGGCACAGGCGCCGAUAAGUCUUGGAGCCAUAGCGACGCCCACGGCGGGUCCAAGCACGAUUCCGGCGUGCCCAACUCCAUCCUCACAGGCGGGUCCAUCGCAUCGAAGCUGGAGAACGCAACGGCAAAAGCCGAGCUCGGCCGCGCCUCCUGGAAGCUCUUCCACACCAUGAUGGCGCGCUUCCCCGAGAAGCCGUCCGACGACGACAGCCUAGCGCUGAAAACGUACAUCCAGCUCUUCGCCCGCCUCUAUCCCUGCGGUGACUGCGCUUCGCACUUCCAGAAGCUCCUCAAGAAGUUCCCGCCCCAGACGGGCAGCCGCAACAACGCGGUCGGGUGGGCCUGCAUGGUGCACAACAAGGUCAACAAGCGGCUGAAGAAGCCCGAGUUUGACUGCAACAACAUCGGCGAUUUCUACGACUGCGGGUGCGGUGACGAGGACAAGGAGGGAAAGGGGACGGCUGGUGGCAAGGCAGAGGACGAGGCAGGGCACAAGUCGCACAAGAGGGCAGAUAUCAGUCUGGUGAGAGAGGAGGGGCUAACUCGGGGAGGGUGA